GUAGUUGAGAGAGCGAGCAUCGACGUGGACAGACGAACGGGACGACCUUGGGCGGGCAUGCCACCUUGCACUGAUCCUCAUGCCGCUCCCGCGCCACGCUCAACGCUCAUCUCUCCCGGCCGCGGAACAAAGACAAGGAGCAGCGAAGCGGAAGACGAAGCAGACGACGACGAAGAAGAAGAGAAGACUUGAACAAUUCCGGUCGAGGAUCGAGUGAAGCACAAGCGAGAUUUCACGCCACGGGGUAGAAUUGGGAUCGUGUGUUGUGACGGAAGGAGACGUAGGGCCGAGGGAGGGAUUGCCGAGAGUGUACCCUAAUCGGCAUACUGUGCAGGACGAGACAGCGAGGCUCUUAUCAGAGAAAACAGGUCUUUGCCUCGCACUGUCUUCCCGAAUCGGAUCAGUACGUAUAGAUAUCCGACAUUCGCAGUGGACCAAGCGACGAACUUUAUUGUAGAAUGAAGGAAUCCACCAUUGUAGCCUAGAGCAGAAGAAACGAAACUCUCAGAUAACCUACAGAAGCGAGCGCUCGAUGUCGUGUUACGUUGAAGAUCCCGUUUUACUCCAAGUUUGACAUUAGUUUGCCAUUCUUCUUCCCCUUCAGCUCGUUCCUGAAACUGCAGCUCUCCGUGGCAAAUCUGCUAGGAGUUGACGGGGAUCGCGAAGCACUGCAACAAGAAACUGCAAGGAACUAGUGCUGGAAAUAAGACUCACCACCGAUCUUGGAUCCGAAUAAUGAGGGAUGAAUCGGAGGAUUGACACCUUAAUGAAGGAGAGGAGAACCAAGGAAGUAGGAAAUUACGUCAGUACCUUUAAAUACCUUGUUCAAGGAUACCUGGGUCCUGCGCAAGGAGGUAGUACGCGCGCUUCCUAAGCACGGCAGUCUGUUUGACAGCCGUUUCAACAGUGUGAGGAAGUUGUGUGCCAUAUAUUCGUCUUUAGAGCCCGUUUAGAGUGGACGCACUUGAGAUUGAACCAUUGAUCGGUUAAUUUGAAUAAGGAUGGUGCGAGAGUUGAAGUUGGAGGGGUGCGUCGAGUUCGUGGAGCCACAGGCUGCCUUUUCAUUCUUAUUUGGAGAUGAUCGUUUCGUAAAACGCUAUCACAAAGAAAUGAAUGAAGAUCCAUACGCGGAGGUGAGCAGUUGGACAGACGAUGGUCGUCGAACUGUAAAAUUUGCAGCACCAAUAAACGCACCAAAUGUCAUCAAAAGAGUCAUCGGGGUGGAAACUCUGAAGGUAACAGAAGAGCAACAAUGUUUCACUGUUGGAAAUCGGUUUACUAUAAGAUCAGACCCAAAAAUUGAACAUCCUACUGGAUUCAAUACCAAGGCGGAGAUGGUAUUGGCAUUGUCAGAGAAUGGAAAGGGAAGCACUGUGUACAUUACUGCUACCCUGGAGUGCAAGGCGGCUGUCUGGGGCGUACAAGGCACAAUUGAAAAUUUCAUGGAAGCGAAGGCAAAGAAAUCUUUUCUGGGCUGGUUGAAAAUGGCUCGGCUUUUUUGCCAAGAACAGCUUGCACUAGCCACAGGUUUACCAUACACUAUAACCUAUGCCGAAGAAGAAGUAUCAAUCGGAGAUUCUUCUGACGAUGAAUUCUAUGAUUUUAGCGAGGAGGAUGAGAAAGCUCUUAUCCUUAGUGGUGAAAGUCGGACAUUAGGAGUGAUCUAUAGUAGGGAAGGGGAAUCUGGUCUGCAGAAUUGGAUAAUGGGGCAAGUCAUGGGUCAGCUGAAUGGCCUUCACGUCACAUGUGAUGCCUCUAGAACCCACAUAGAACAAUUGAAUAGGAAACUACAGAAGAUGGAGGAAGACAUUGGAAUGGUUCAGCAACAAUUACAGCGCGGGAUGAUCAUACCUCAAAGCCAUGUAUGGGGGCUUGUUGGCCUGGGUAUGGCCACAGGUGUGUUGCUUGGAGCCGGACAUAUGUAUUUGAAGGCCCACAUCCAGAGUCCAUGAAGUUAAUGAUGGACUAAAUGGCAAGACUUUCAUAUGAACUUGAAAGUAGUCGGUCGUGACAUCAUCACCAAAAUAGCUGCAGUCAAGUUUAUACUUACGUUGGGAAAUUAUCCUUCAGUAAACUGUAGGCGGGGAUGCGCGUCCCUUACUCUGGAACAAUACCACCUGAAAGUAACAUAAAAUUUCUUCGUUACAAUCAGUUAGGAUCGCGGACUUUCGUGCCGAGGGUCGAGAUUCAAGUUCAAGGGAGAGUUAUCUUUCCCUAACGUCCAUGUAAAUGUUAGUACAAGCGGAAAUAGGACAUACUUUUUUGAAGAACACCCUGUGUGGAACUUUUGGACAGCAGCCUGUCCAGUAGCAUCUUGAGGCAUCUGUCACUGUAUUUUUUUGUAUAAUUGAUCUAUGUGCAACACGGAAUAUGAGAGCGUCGUGAAGAGUUUCUGGGUUCCAUGGUCGACAAUGAUCAGGCGGAGAAGGUCGAUGGUCAGCCGGUUCCGAGGCGUCAUCUUGUUCUAACACACCAUCGCUACAUCAAAAUCGUGGGGGCAGCAGGGUGAGAAAAGGCGGUAACGAGUUGAUUUUGCGCGGGGAACCAAAGAGCUUCAGUACAAUAGUUUAUCUCACGGGCGUGGUUCAAGGGAAUCAAGGAGCGUCAGCACAAUAGGCUUCCCCACAUUAAC